GGUUUGAAUCAGGCCGAGGGGACCCGCGUCAUGUCGCGACCGAAGAAUCAAAAUUAUAAGGGCCAUGGAUUGUCAAAGGGAAAAGAGCGAGAGCAGAGAGCAUCAAUCCGGUUCAAGACCACCCUCAUGAACACUCUCAUGGACGUCCUUCGCCACAGGCCAGGAUGGGUGGAAGUGAAGGACGAAGGGGAGUGGGAUUUCUACUGGUGUGACGUCAGCUGGCUGCGAGAGAACUUUGACCACACCUACAUGGACGAGCACGUGCGGAUCAGUCACUUCCGCAACCACUAUGAGCUGACCCGCAAGAACUACAUGGUGAAGAACCUGAAGCGGUUCCGGAAACAGCUGGAGCGUGAGGCAGGAAAGCUGGAGGCAGCCAAGUGCGACUUCUUCCCCAAAACCUUUGAGAUGCCAUGCGAGUACCACCUGUUUGUGGAAGAGUUUCGCAAAAACCCAGGAAUCACCUGGAUCAUGAAGCCUGUGGCCCGGUCGCAGGGGAAGGGCAUCUUCCUCUUCCGGAGGCUGAAGGACAUCAUGGACUGGAGGAAGGGCCCUGCAGGGAAGAAGCUCGCCAGCCUGGAGGCCCAGCCCACCCGGAACACGGUCAAUCCCUCUGGCAGCCACGAUACAAGAUGCUCUGAUGACCAGAAAGAUGAUAUUCCUGUGGAGAAUUAUGUAGCUCAGCGUUACAUCGAAAAUCCCUACCUGAUAGGAGGCCGCAAGUUUGACCUGCGUGUCUAUGUGCUGGUGAUGUCGUAUAUCCCUCUGCGGGCCUGGCUCUACCGGGAUGGCUUUGCCCGAUUCUCCAACACCCGCUUUACGCUGAACAGCAUCGAUGACCAGUAUGUUCACCUCACCAACGUUGCUGUGCAAAAGACGUCUCCUGACUACCAUCCAAAGAAGGGCUGCAAGUGGAUGCUUCAGCGCUUCCGGCAGUACCUGGCAUCCAAGCACGGGCCAGAGGCGAUAGAGACACUCUUCAGUGACAUGGACAACAUCUUUGUCAAAAGCCUGCAGAGUGUGCAGAAGGUGAUCAUCAGUGACAAGCACUGCUUCGAGCUGUAUGGCUACGACAUCCUCAUUGACCAGGACCUCAAGCCGUGGCUUCUGGAGGUUAAUGCCUCCCCAUCACUGACAGCCAGCAGCCAGGAGGACUAUGAGCUCAAGACCUGCCUUCUGGAAGACACCCUGCAUAUUGUGGACAUGGAAGCGAGGCUCACAGGAAGGGAGAAGCGAGUUGGAGGCUUUGACCUCAUGUGGAAUGAUGGCCCUGUCAGCAGAGAAGAGGGUGCUCCUGACCUAUCAGGGAUUGGGAACUUUGUGACCAAUACGCACCUUGGCUGUGUCAACGACCGGAAAAAACAGCUGAGGCAGCUGUUCUGCUCCCUUCAAGUCCAGAAGAAAGCUUCCAGUUGAUCGCCGGCUGCUGGGAGGAAAGUGGCCCUGGGAAGGGCCACCCAGGCCUCUCCUCACCCCAAGAUUCCAGCACAGCCGCACCUUACAGCAUUCGCCUCCCUCCCUCCAGCCUGGCAGCAGCUUUGCUG